GCGCCGCCGCUGAGCCCUGGGCCGGAGCCGGAGCCAGAGCCGAAUACCCUCAGCGCUGCUCUGGGACGCGCCUCUGUUGGAUUUAAUUUACAGUCAUCAUCCUCGGCUUUUAGCGAUGGACUCGACGGUUGACGAUGACGCGAUGGCGGCGUGAAUGAAGGCCUGGUGAGGAGGAAACGAUGCCCAAGGGUGGGUGUUCUAGAACCCCACAGCAGGAAGAGCGUUCCCUGAGCAGCAUGGACAUGGUGGAGAAGCAGCCCGGGAAAAAGGAUAAAGAUAAAGUUUCUCUAACCAAGACCCCAAAGCUGGACCGCAGUGAUGGCGGGAAGGAGGUGAGAGAGCGAGGGACCAAGCGGAAGCUGCCCUUCACCGUGGGCGCCAAUGGAGAGCAGAAGGACUCGGACACAGAGAAGCAGGGUCCUGAGCGGAAGAGGAUUAAGAAGGAGCCCGUCACCCGCAAGGCCGGGCUGCUGUUGGGCAUGGGGCUGUCCGGGAUCCGCGCCGGCUACCCGCUCUCGGAGCGCCAGCAGGUGGCCCUCCUCAUGCAGAUGACGGCCGAGGAGUCUGCCAACAGCCCAGUGGACACGACACCAAAGCACCCCUCCCAGUCGACAGUAUGUCAGAAGGGGACGCCCAAUUCUGCCUCAAAAACCAAAGAUAAAGUGAACAAGAGAAAUGAGCGUGGAGAGACCCACCUACACCGUGCGGCCAUCCGGGGGGACGCCCGGCGUAUCAAGGAGCUCAUCAGCGAGGGGGCGGACGUCAACGUCAAGGACUUCGCAGGCUGGACUGCGCUGCACGAGGCCUGUAACCGGGGCUACUACGAUGUCGCGAAGCAGCUGCUGGCCGCCGGCGCAGAGGUGAACACCAAGGGCCUGGAUGACGACACGUCCUUGCACGACGCCGCCAACAAUGGGCACUACAAGGUGGGUGCCUCCCCGCAGACCCCACGGCAGGCCUGCCGGUGGACUGCGCACCGGUCCGCAGCCGCCUGUUUCUCUGUCCUUCCUGUUUGCGGUGUGACCAGGAAGUGACUCUUUGACGGGCCCCGCCUCCCCCCC